GCUAUGUUUGAGCCGUCGACUGGUGACUGGGUGUUGUUGGUGGCAUCAGUGCAACUGAGGGACAGAGGGGUCUAUGAGUGCCAGAUUGGCACCACGCCUCCCAGGAGUCACUUUGUGGCACUGCAUAUAAUUGAGCCUCGUACGGAGAUCCUGGGAGGAGACGACCUGCAUAUAAACACAGGUUCAACCAUUAAUCUGACCUGCCUGGUGCUGUACCAUGCUCGCUCCCCUCAUGCUAUCACCUGGCACCAUGAGGGCAAGGAGAUACAUUACGACUCGUCUAGGGGAGGAGUGAGCAUCCUGACGGAGGCUGGAGAGGUGACCAGAUCUGCUCUCCUCAUACAGCGAGCCACCAGGAAGGACUCGGGAAACUACACCUGCCAGCCCAGGGGCGCAGAACCUGCUACCGCCAGAGUACAUGUACUCCACGGUCAGUACAUGUACUCCAUGCUCAGUUUUCGUACUCCUUCGUCACUCUGUUUAUGA